CGCUGGAAAACCUGCGAGGUGUGCACCGCCAUGUCUGUGCUUCGACUCCUCGGGGUCCUGCGGCAGCCGUCUCUUCAUCUUUUGACAAGUAAGGUUUGGAACAAGUUGCCUGUGAUGACCCUGAAUUCUUUCCUUUUUGAGGAUGAGAAAGAAGAAAAUUCCAAGCCUAUUGGUCGUUACCCUGUUCCCUAUAAGAAGGACCUGCCCUUUGACAUUGUGGAGCUCAUGGAGGAGAUGGAAAAAACGACAGGAUUUUUACCCAAUGUCUUUAAAGUGUUGGCUUACCGGCCCUUGGAAUUCAGAGCUUAUUUUGCUUAUUUCAACGCCAUCUAUAAUAAAGAAACAGGUCGGCUCAGCAAAGCUGACAAGGAACUCAUCAUUAUAGUGAUCAGCCUGGAUGUGAGGUGUCUAUACAGUGUUGUUGUCCACAGUGCCCUAUACAGGCUCUACUCCAAGAACCCAGUACUCUCUGAGCAGGUCUGUAUAAACUGGAGAAAGUCUGACCUCCCCCCUCGAGAAAAAGCAAUGGUAGAGUUUGCACUUGCUAUUUCCCAAGCUGAUGACAUAACAGAUGACCAUUUCAAAAAGCUUGAAAUGCAUGGCUUCAAUAGAGACGAUGCCUGGGACAUAGCUACCAUUACAGCUUUCUAUGCUAUGGCCAACCGCCUUAUUCAUUUUAUUGACAUCACUCCUAACAAGGGGUACUAUUCACUGGGCAGAAACAAUGAUAAUAAACAGACAGAGAAUGAAUUCACUGCUCCAAAAGUAUAAAAGCCUGACAGGAAAGGCCAGUACUGAUUAUUUCAGUUAUGUUGUAUUAGAAGACAGCAGUUGGAUAGCAAUUACAAAUAAAUACAAAAACAUCUAGUUAUUGGCUAGGGAAAAAAUUUUGGUUCCCACCUACCUGAUGAAGUCCUUGCAUGUCUAGGGACAUGUUAUACUUGGGGCUUGGGAACAUAGUUCAGAAAAAUCUUUGUUGAUUAUUUACUCCCAUUGUGAUCCAAAAGGACUAAGGCAAAGGAGUUCUGAUGAUGCUUUAAAUGUGAGUAGACAUCUAAUUAAAUUUUGGCUACUAAAGUUGAAAACGUUUAGUUUUCUACACAGUAUUACCUAGAUAUUGGCCAAUAUAGACUGAUUUGUGUCAAUUCCUUAUUAAUAUGGCUGUAUGUAUAGAUUCUCAAAGGUAGGGACAACAGGAACAGUCACAGCUAAAUUUUAGUUCUAUUUUUAGUGCCUUCUCAAUUUUUUUUACUGAUUUUAUGGAAUUUUAGUCUUACAUAAUAUUCUCUUUUUUGUUUUGUUUUGUUUUUUUGUUUUUCGAGACAGGGUUUCUCUGUAUUGUUUUGGAGGCUGUCC